AGUCGAUCAACAGUGUGCCCUUCUGCUUCGAGCACGCACACGUCUGCUCCCGGUUGGAUAACUUUGCUAGCUCAUUGAUGGACCAUAGUAGAAGAAAAUGACAGAUUACGCCGAAGAGCAGCGAAACGAGCUGGAAGCUAUAGAGUCAAUUUACCCGGACUCGUUUACAGUGCUAUCAGAGGUGCCCACCAGCUUCACCAUCACUGUGACAUCGGACGCAGGAGAAAACGAUGAAACAGUUGAAGUGACACUACAGUUCACCUAUGUGGAGAAGUAUCCAGACGAGGUGCCGCUGUGGGAGAUCUAUUCCCAGGAGAACCUGGAGGAUUCAGACGCAGAGGGCAUCCUCACCUUACUGCGGCAGCAGGCUGAGGAAAACCUUGGAAUGGUGAUGAUAUUCACCCUAGUUACAGCAGUUCAGGACAAACUGAACGAAUUAGUCGACGAGAUCAAAAACAGAAGAGAGGAAGAGAAGAGGCGAAAAGAGGAGGCAGCGGAGGAGGCUGAGAAGGUGCUCUUCCAAGGAACAGUGGUCACCAUCGAGAACUUCCUGUCAUGGAAAGCCAAGUUUGAGCUGGAGAUGGCUGAGUUGAGGAGGAAACGGCAGAAAGAGGAGGAGCAGCAGCAGGCUGGAAAGAUUAAACUCACAGGAAAAAAGCUAUUUGAGACCGAUCACAAUCUUGACACAUCAGAUAUACAGUUCCUGGAAGAUUCUGGAAACAGUGUUGAAGUGGACGAGUCCCUCUUCCAGGACCUCGAGGAACUCGACCUGGAUGAAGACGACCCAGACUUUGACCCUCUGGCACUGGGCAGUGAUGAGGACUGAACUAGGAAGAAGAGGAGAGAGAUGCCAUGGGCAUGUUCCAGGCAGACCUGUUCAAAUACUAUUUGAAAUCUUUAAAAUAUUUUGAACUAGGAAGAAGAGAGAGAUGCGAUGCCCUGGGCAUGUUCCAGGCAGACCUGUGUUCAAAUACUAUUUGAAAUCUUUAAAAUACUUUGAGCAUUUGCUCUAGCCUGCCUGGAGUGCCAGAUGGGUGGGGAUUGCAGUUUUGUGACUAUUUUAUUGGUUCCAUUGUGCCUGGAAAGCUCAGUCAAGCCCAGAAAAAGCAUUUUAAAAUAGUGUUUGAAACCAGGUCCAGUCCCAUGUCAUCUUUAUUGCAGUCACGUUGUGCCGCACAGAUUCAGAUCCCUCAACGCCUGAAGAAGUAUUUAGCAUCUCAGGAACAAAUUCUUCGGAGAUGCGCAGCGCGACUGUAAUAUUUACGACUUGAACGCAACCGAUUCUAACAGGAGGGGAUCAUCACAGUAUGACCAAGCUCAGAGAAGAAAGACAACCAAUAACACCCACAUUUAUGUUCUGAACAUGAACUCUAACUGAAGUUGGCUGUAAACACAGAAUCACCUCUAAGGGCAUUCAUACACCCUUGUCAAUUAAUUGAUUUAUACCCUGAUGCCAUUAAAAAUGCACUAUGCAGAAAUCUC